ACCCUUCUAUCUCAGCUAUCACUUCUCCUAAAACCCUUCAUUCUCCAACUCUCUACUCUCUUCUUCGUCCUCCUCUAAUGGCGACCAACGCCAUUCGUCUCCGCCGAGCACUCUCUCUGUCCUCCACCUUCCUCGCCACUCAUCGAAACCUCUCAACCACCUCAAAUUCUCUCUCCUCUCUCCUCCUCCAAAUCCCCCUUUUCUCCUCUUCUACACCAUCUUCUACCUCCCCUUCAUUCUUCCGUCGUUUCUUCCACUCUACCCACUUCUAUCUCUCUCCCGCGAGAUCGUUCAACGAUGUCGAAAAGAUCGAUCCCGAUACAAUUUUAUUCGAGGGUUGUGAUUACAAACACUGGCUUAUUGUUAUGGACUUUGGAAAGGAUCCUCAACAACGACCUUCUCCUCAAGAAAUGGUUGAAACUUAUGUUCAAACUUUGGCUAAAGUUGUAGGAAGUGUUGAAGAGGCAAAGAAGAGAAUGUAUGCAUGUAGCACCACUACUUACACUGGUUUUCAAGCUGAGAUGGAUGAAGAGACAUCACAGAAAUUUGAGGGUAUGCCUGGAGUUAUUUUCGUAUUGCCAGAUUCAUACAUAGACCCAGUGAACAAGGAAUAUGGAGGAGAUAAGUACAUUAAUGGAACCAUCAUACCUAGACCACCUCCAGUUCAGUACGGCAGAGUAAAGAGACAUAGACCAAAUGAACAAAGGCCAAUGAAUAAUCCAAUGCCUGGAGAAGGGAGAGGCUAUAUGCCACAGGGUGGUAAUCUAGAGCGCCAAAACACUCCUCGUCAGGGAGGGAUGGGCUACCCGCCAAAUAGGACAAAUUAUCCUGAGCAAGGAAGGGAUGGUUAUCAGGGUGGUGGAAACACUUACAUGCCUCCUCAUCAGGGAGGCAGAAACACUUAUGUGCCUCCUCAGCAGGGUGCUGGAAACACUUAUGUGCCUCCUCAGCAGGGUGGUGGAAACAGUUAUGUGCCUCCACAUCAGGAAAACUACAACCAUAGUUAUACCCAUCAGCAUCAGACGCAAAAUUUCCCCAGGGACCAUGGUACUCCUGUGAGUCCUGUCCCACAUGGACAGAGCAGCAAUUACCCAGGAGAACAUGGUUAUAACCAUCCCCAAGGACAGAUGAGGAACUACCCUAGUAACCAUGGCGGCUACACACCCCAAAGACCAAUGGAAUAUUCUAAUGAUGGUAGGAACUACGCUCCUCCGUCUCCAGCAAUAGGAGCUGAUGGACAAACUGGGGUUGGAUCUUUUGAACAAAGUGAGGCUGGACGAUAUGGUCAAGGACCCAGUUGUACUUCUUCCCAGGGAGCAAGUAUAAAUUAUGGUCCAGAAUAUGCACCUCAAGCAGAAAACCAAAGAUUUUCGCAGAUGCCAGAUGAACAGAACUCUAGGAACUAUUCACCUGCAAUGCAAACUGGAAUGAAUCAAAGAAAAUUUUGAACGCAUAUUCAACACCAUAGCAGCCUAUGAAGCUUUUUAAAGUUGAGAAACUGCGUCAGUGUCCACAGGCUUGGAGGAGGAAUGUGCGGAUAGGAUUUGAUGAACAGGAUUUCAGUUGUGUCAGUAAUGAAUUAAAAAGAACUCACUUUAUGGCUUCCUUGAGCUAUUAUGCAAGCUUGAAGUUAUGUACAAGGUUUUAAGAAUUAUUCACCUUUGAAGUUAUAUAUAAGUUUAUAAAUAUUAUGACUUGCAUCUAUAAUAAUUCUGUGUCAACAAAUCUCUUUGUUUCA